UGAAAUCUACAUUAUAUAGGAAGCUAUUUCAUUGAAAGUACACGUGUCAAGGACUUUAUUUGAUAGCGCAGAUAUACGCGGAUGUGUGUUGCAGGAUCGCUGUAGCUUGCAGAGAGGAAUAUAUCCACACUGCAGGAACGUUUCGCAGUCAACAGUAGCAAGAACAGAAAAAAUGGAAAUGAAAGUUAUAUCCCGAGAUUCGAGCCCCGGUUCAUCCGACCUAGAUAGUGACCAAUCAGAGAAUGAGAGAGGUAGAUGGGGGAGAAAGAUGGACUACAUGUUAUCCAUGAUCGGUUACUGUGUUGGUCUGGGUAAUAUAUGGAGGUUCCCUUAUCUCUGUAUGAGGAAUGGUGGAGGCGCUUUCCUGAUCCCGUUCUUGCUUUUUCUGAUGGUUUGUGGUCUACCAUUGUAUUUUCUGGAAGUUUCGCUUGGUCAGUUCACGGGGAAAGGGUGUUUUCAUGUUUGGGAGGCUUGUCCUCUUUUCAAAGGGAUUGGUGUCGGGAUGGUCUGUGUACUUUUCGUUGUCACCCUGUAUUAUAACAUAAUUAAUACCUGGACGUUGUUCUACAUGGGGAGUUCCUUUUUCUCACCCGUCCCAUGGACCAGGUGUGACGAGGAAUGGAAUACCCCAGCGUGUAUCAACGACAGACCUACAGCGACAUCUAACGGCACACUGAUGAACGUGUCCGUUUCCUCCAUUCACUCCAAUUACUCAACAACUGUCGGUAUCUUAAACGGCACUAAAGUUGUUGGCAUAACAAGCGAAGAACAGUUUUGGUUCAACCACAUUCUUGAUCUGUCAGAUGGUCUGCAUGAUAUUGGUACCUUGAACUGGCGCCUAACACUUUGCUUUCUGAUAGCGUGGAUUGUGGUUUGCCUCUGUUUAAUCAAAGGAGUAAAAUCUCUUGGAAAGGUAGUAUACGUAACGGCUACCCUACCUUACCUUUUGCUGACGGUGAUUCUCAUUAAAGGAUUGACAUUGCCUGGGUCAAUGGACGGCAUCGUCUUCUACAUUCGUCCAGACUUCAAUAAACUUGCCAACAUCCAGGUGUGGUUGGAGGCAGGUUUACAGGUGUUUUACUCACUGGGACCAGUUAAUCAGUAUCACUAUAUUUUACAGGUGUGGUUGGAGGCAGGUUUACAGGUGUUUUACUCACUGGGACCAGGAUGGGGACCCCUCAUUACAAUGGCCAGCUACAACAAAUUUAACAACGAUUGCUAUAGGGACUCUAUAACAUUAACACUGAUUAGCGAAGGAACGAGUAUUUUUGGAGGAUUUGCUAUAUUCACCAUUAUUGGGUACAUGUCCCAUUUAGCAGGAAAACCCGUAGAAGACGUAGUGCAGGCGGGUCCUGGGCUAGCUUUUCUCGUGUACCCGGAGGCUCUUUCACAACUUCCUUUUCCAAACCUCUGGGCAGUUAUGUUUUUUGUGAUGUUAUUCUCCGUUGGAUUAGAUAGUCAGUUUGCCCCACUGGAGGGAUGCUUGUCAGCUGUCAGCGACAUGUUCCCGCGCCUUCGACGUCACAAGGCACUUCUGUCAAUAGUGUCAUGCGUCUUCUUCUUCCUGGUUGGAUUGGUGUUGUGCACAAGUGCUGGUCUGUACGUAUUCCAGCUUCUAGACUGGUACAUUGCAGCGUUCUCCCUUCCUCUGUUCGGCAUGCUCGAGUGCCUCAUUUUUGGUUGGAUUUAUGGGGCGGAAAACAUGUCACGUGACAUAGAGAUCAUGAUUGGGAGGAGUGUUCCUGUGUAUAUGAGGAUACUGUGGUGUAUCGUUACGCCUUUAUUAUUAAUGUUGCUGUUAAUAUUUUCUUUGUACACAUAUCGCCCACCAAUGGUUGGUUCGUAUACAUAUCCUGGGUAUGCCCGAGCUUUUGGCUGGAUGAUCGCCUUACUUCCUCUCGUACCUAUACCGAUCUGCGCAUAUCAAGUCCUACGCAGAUCUAAUGGCGAUACUUUGUAUCAGAAAUUCCGUGAAUCUUUGAAACCUUCAGAGGACUGGAGACCAGUAUCUACAACGGAAUCCGAGAAAUAUAAUGUUGAAAGCAGAUUUCCCCCUGGAGACAUGAAAUCAACCAUUCUGAGAAACGUUUUGGGAAGGGAAUCAUAGAAGUGUUCUGAUGUUAAUUAUCGCCUAUUAAUUAUACAAUACAAAUGUAUAAAUAUA